AUGCUUUCCAAUACGAUGGGCUGCAACAUAUGCGGUCAGCACGUCACUUCACGCUCAUCUGCCUUUCUGAUCGAAUGUUACUACUGCAGUCGUUGGCUACAUGGUGAUUGCGCUCAAGUAAGUGAACAAGAUGCACUGCUAAUUGCUAAGUUUGCUUGUAUUGAGUGUCAGCAUCAUGGUCAUGAAGUGGUUAAAUAUUCAUCCCUCGAAACUACCUCGUUUGACCUUCAUUCAAUGCCCUUUACACCGUUACCAAUACAUUUAAGCAGCAAUGAAUCAUCGACACCUUUACAACUUCGACAUGUAAAGAGUUCGCGAGAAUUUCGUCAAUUAUUAAGCACAGCUAUAUACGCUCGAUCUGGAGUACACGUCGUCUCAAGUCAAGAUGUUCGACCUUGUUUUUUGUAUCGAAAUGCUCUUGAUGAGCCUGUGCUUAUAACAGGUAACAAUUAUCAAGCUGCAGGAUUAAAUGAACCAUUUCCAGUACUUGAUAAAACGAUUAUCACCAAUUUAUUGACACAAAAUCGAGAAUUACGAGCCAUUGACGUGGCGACACAGUCAAACUAUCAUUUGACUGCACCAAUGUGGCAAACGAUUCUGUCCAAGUCCAAUGAACAUGAUGCUCUUUUGAUCAAUGUCGAAUUUCAAUUGUACAAUCUGCCUAUUCAAUGUCAAGUCGCACCACCUCUUGCUGUCACACAGGUGGAUUGGCAGAAGUUGAUCAUGUCAAAAAUACACGAAAACAAUUCAAAAGAAGAUGCUACUUCCAACAUAUUUGCUGCAUUUCUUGAAAGGAAUGCGUAUCUGGACUUUAUUAUUGUCCCAAGUGGUCAAUCGACAUGGCUUUCUGUGUCAUCAGGUGAGCUAUGGGUGUUUUUAAUUCCACCAACGUCAGUUAAUUUUGAAGCAUAUCGAAAGUGGAGAAAAAAUUCAGACUUUGUUACGCUGUUUUUACCUGAACAAGUAAAUAAAUGUAUCAAAUGUGUUGUACGUACCGGUCAUUCACUGUUAAUACCAGCUGGAUGGAUGUUUGCUCGCUAUGCUGGAGAAAUGGAAAGCUGUUCAUUAUUUUUUGGGUAUUUUGCAUGCACUGCAGCAUUGGAAGCACAGAUGGAAAUUGUGCUACUGGAAAUGCAACACGAUACCUUGAAGGAUACAACGUCUACUUGGCUAGCAGUGGAUUCUAAUAUGCAGCUCUGGACGGCAGUGUGUUACUACAUCCGUCAAUUAGCAGUUAACAAUAAUGGAAAAGUGAACGAUUUGGAGCGUCGAGUGCUACAGCGAGCAUUACCACGAUUGAAAGAGUGGAGUGUGCAACCUGCGUCAUUGAAGAUAGUGAGAGGCAUGUCAUGGAUUCCCACUUCUCAGCAAGAGGCUCAAACAAUCAUAAGUCAAUUGGAGCAAGCUCUUGAUGUUCCUACUUGCAGUCUCGAAGACUUGGAAAGGACUUAUGAGGUAAACAAUGAUGUCAACAUCUCUCCAAUUCCACUAAGCGAAGCGACCUGUAUCUACUCUGCUGCUUCUAUUUCUAAUGAUCAGAAUCAAUCUACUUGGGAUCUCAAUUAUACAGCUUACAGUAAUCUCAACUCGUCUACACCAAUGGAGUCUACUUGGCCGAGCUAUACUACUAGCCCGCAACACCUUCAACAGUAUCCAGAUGAGAAUCUGACGCAUAAUCAACCAUAUCAAUCCAAUGUGCCGUGUUUUCAGCAGCCCACACUGUUUCAUAAUUUGCAAGAAUAUGGCGAUUCAGACUACAAACACAUACCAACGGGCCUGGACUCAUACACUUUCGGAUGUCAAGGCCAAACUACUCUCGACAAUGCUGUUCCACACUCUUUACACACAUCUUUCGAGAAUCAACCCCGAAAUUUAGAUUAUAAAGGUCAAUACGUCGACAUGUUACGUCAUCGCGCUUCAUGUCAUCGAUGUGGAAACUUGCGCAAGAACAAUGUACAGUGUUCAGUAUGUCCACAUAUUUUCUGUGCAAAGUGUGCUGAAAAAAUGAUUGAAGAGCAUGGAAACCAAAUCUUUGAAAUCGGCUGUCCCGUAUGUAAGGAAUUGUGCUGCUGUGGCAAAAAUCGAUCAAUUUCCUGUACGCACAAGUUCCACUGCUACAAAAAGUGUCCAUCAACUAAACGACCAACGUUUGGAUAG